AUGAGACUUACGCGCUGCCUACUGCGCUACCGAGGCUCUUGUGAGUGAUGAUACUUAUUGAAGAAGAAAAGAAAACAUGUUAUGCCCGGAAACAUGGAAUUUCGAACCACUAUCACAUUACACUGCUACAUUACAUCUGGAUGUAAUGAAGAAUGCAAAUGCAAUCGCAUUAGUGAAGAGUCAUUACUUUAAUCAUUCAAUAUCCGUGGUACUACCUGAUACAGUUACUGUUCCUCAAAAUUUACACAAUUGUCUAUCAAAGGAUACAGAUUAUUAUCGAAUAAAUAAGCUGCAUGUCAGCGAUCUCUUAAACACAGAGUUUAUCGAGGCUUUUGUUAAAAAAGGGGAAAUUAGUCUCCUAACAUUACAAAAUAAAAUAGACUUGGAAAAUUCUAUUUGUGUAACUCCAACUGGCUACUUAAUACUCUCUUUAUUGACGGAUGAUUAUCAAGCUCUUGGUUUAGAAGGGAAACCCUCUGUCUUCAGUCAUAAAUCUCAUACACGAUACGUAGUGAGAAUCGAUCUAACAAAUGAAAGCUUCAUUCCUGGUAAAAAGAAUUACGAAAGAAUUCGGAUAGCGUUAGAAGAACGACUCACCCAGAAGUUUGAUGUUAUAGUAUCAUGGGAUCCACCAGAAAUCAGUAUGUGCCCGUCAUCUAUAGCAGCAUGGUUUUACGCACGUAAUUAUAAUGUUUGUCUUUGUUGCCAGAAAUUUUCUCAAAAAACCAAAUAUUCGUUAACGAUACCUACUUAUGAGGACACAUGUAAUAACACUGAUAUCGAUUUCUUCGAAUGGCUGGGAGUCUUCAGCAUUGAUGGUGAUCUAUCUACUAAGGGAGAAGAUAAUUAUGCAAGUACAUAUCAGUGCUCUUCUCCUUCGAUACAUGUUAGACAGGUACAGUAUUUACAGUGGACUGGAUUCUUCACACGACAAAAGAUCCAAGAAGUAUAUAAUGCUCUAAAACAAUAUGUAUUAUCACGAGAUACUUUACCAUGGAUUAGUUUAGACGUACAAGGAUUUGCAGAUAGUGCUAUUAGCUUUGAUUUGAAAGAACAUACGUUCUUAACUGAUGGAGACAAUAGUUACACUAUUGUAUUUCAACCGGAAGGUAAAGUCGUUAUACGAAGAAAUUUAAGUUCAAAUAAUAAGAUAAAAGUACAUCGUUGACUUUUUCUUGUUAAUAAAUACCUGUUUUAUAUUAUA